AGGGGCGAGUAGUGCGUCCUCAUUGAGUACGAAUAUUUAUAUAAGAACACAAAUAUUUUAUAUACAAACACGAUUGUGUAAAUACGACAACAAAUCUUUUUGUCCCAUAUCUCCCUCCAUCAUCUCAUAUCCCAGAGUUCCUCAUGGCGCAUGUGAUAAAGAAGACGACUGGCCCAGUGCUGCUGACUAGCUAGCCACACCAGGGUUUCUCAUCAUGGCUGCAUCCAAGCUAAUCGAGCCGCUGUCAGGCACUGCCGUCCCCCGUUGGCAGCUCGCUCUGCUGGUCGGCGCGCCCAUAUUGCUCGGGGUGGGAGCCGUGUAUCUAUUCGACCGCAUGAGUCUUGUGGAUCAUGCCCGAGAAGCAAAUCGAAAAGGCAUCAACUACUUUAAUGCGGCCAAGUACCAGAACGCCAUCCACUGUUUCACAGAGGCCAUUGAACUCUGCCCCACUGAACGGAAGAGAGACCUGUCGGAGUUCUAUCACAACCGAGCAGGGGCGUAUGAGCAGAAGAUGAAAUGGACUGAGGUGGUGAAAGACUGCACAGAGGCACUAACGCGCAACCCACAUUACACAACAGCUUUCUUAAAGAGGGCCAAAGCUCAUGAGAAACUGGACAAUAAGAAAGAAUGCCUGGAGGAUAGCAUCGCUGCGUCAAUCUUGGAGGACUACCUGAACAUCGAGAAUAUGAUUCGGACAAGAAAAAUAAUCCGCCAGAUGGGAAAUGAGGGCCUAGACGAAUAUGAGAACCGAGAGUGGACGAUGCCUUCUCCUCAGUACAUCAAAUCCUACUUUGGUUCUUUCACCGAUGACAUAAUCUCACAGCCGCUGCAGAAGGGCGAGAAGAAAGAUGAAGACGAGGACAAUGAGGGCGAGGCCUCUGAGGUCACAGCUAGUCACCACCUGAGUUCGGGCUACCUGAAAGCCAAGCACUACAUGGAUGAGGAGGAAUACGAAAAAAUCAUCAGCGAAUGCACUAAGGAGGUGGACUCGGAGGGCCGCUACAUGGCUGAGGCGCUGCUCCUACGCGCCACCUUUCACCUGUUGACUGGCAACGUCGUGGCCGCUGAGGCCGACUUGGACCGCAUCAUCAAUAUGCAGGAAGCCAACGUCAAGCUGCGUGCCAACGCCCUCAUCAAGCGUGGGAGCCUAUACAACCAGACUCACGAACGCUUGCUUUCCAGAAAGCACUUCAACAUGGCAGCAGAGAUCGACGCAUGCAAUCCCGAUGUGUACCAUCACAGGGGGCAGCUUAAGAUGGUGCUGAACCAGUUUGAAGGAGCUGUAGAAGACUUUGACAAAAGCAUCCUGCUCAGAUCUGACUUUGCUCUCACCCAGGCGCAGAGGUCCUUCGCUCUGUUCACACACGAUUACACCGAGUUCUUCGGAACCGAAACAAAAAUGCAAGAAGCCCUGGAUGGAUGCAAGGACGUUAUCAAAAGGUUUCCCACUUGUGCAGAGGGCUACGCACUAUACGCUCAGGCUUUAACCAGGAUGAAACUGUUCGGAGAGGCAGACGAGAUGUACGACAAGUGUAUUGAAGUGGAACCAGACAACGCCACGCAUUAUGUUUACAAAGGAUUAUUACAGCUCCGGUGGAAACGAGACCUGGACUGGACAAGCAUGUCUGAGUUGGGCCUGGACCUCAUCGGAAAAGCCAUCGAAAUUGACAACAAAUGUGCCUUUGCUUACGAAUCAAUGGGAUGUGUCGAACUUCUAAGGGGUAAUUACGAUAAGGCAAUCGAAAUGUCCACCAAGGCUUUCGAUUUGGCUAAAACGGCGAAUGACGUGGGCACCCAUUACACAAAGCGCGAAGCAGCGUACGCCCACAGAGAGGUAUUCAGGAAGUACGGCAUCAGACUGGCAGAUAAGGUGUCAUUUUAAGAAUGGAAACGUUUCAAGACAGCCACUUCGAUUUUGACUGACAAAUUCCUCUGAUAUUCUUCAUCGAUACAUAUGGUGACCAAAGUAAAAUAGAACUUAAUGGAAAGAGAUGUGGUGCGUUUCUUUACUGUAUCAGGUUGUUUUUCAGUGGAAUGUACUUCAUAUAAAAUGUUUUUAAAAUACUGUGUGAAACAACUAGUGUGAUGGUUCAAAUUACUAAA